AUGCGCACCUCGGACUCGGGUUCGGUCUCUGCGGCCCAGGCACUUCCUGUAUGGGAAGGGAGGGAAAAGAUUGUACAGCGCAUCCAAGAGAAUGAUACAGUGAUCUUAGUUGGUGAAACAGGUAGUGGUAAGACCACACAAGUGCCGCAGUUUCUACUGCAUGCUGGUCUUGUGACGGUAUCAGAGCCUGGCAUGAUUGCUAUAACGCAGCCACGACGGGUCGCUGCUACUUCUUUAGCACGGCGUGUAGCCAGCGAGAUGCAUUGCUCGGAUCCUGCGACGCUCACACCCAAAGCUAGCACAUCGGAUACCAAGGACCUGGUCGGCUAUUCGGUGCGUUUCGACGAUCGAACUACGAAACACACACGCAUCAAAUUCCUUACAGAUGGUAUGCUCAUCCGCGAAGUGCUAGGUCCUCUUCGUCCAGAUGGGUCGACGAAGAAACGCGCGUCGCAUAGCGGGCUUCUUAAGCGGUACAAUGUACUCAUUAUCGAUGAAGCACAUGAACGCUCCUUGCGUACCGACAUGGUGCUUGGCUUGGCUAAGAAGAUUCAAAAGGAGCGACGGAGGCGUAUUCAUGACGGCGAUACCUCGCUACCGCCCCUAAAAAUCGUGGUCAUGAGCGCCACUAUUGAUGCCCAAGCGUUUGCGACGUUCUUUGGCGGCGAGUCGCGUGUGCCUAUUUUGUAUGUAUCGGGCCGACAACAUGGUGUGCGUUUGUACCACACACAAGAAAGCUGCCAGGACUGGACUGACGCUGCUGUUCGUACGGUCAUGCAAAUCCACGUGUCCAAGCCGCUUGGCGAUAUCCUUGUCUUUGCGACGGGCCAGGAAGAAAUUGAGUCCAUGGCGCAAUCUCUCCAGCUUCUAAGUACGCAGCUGGAUGCAUGGGCAGCAGAAGAAGGCCACGAAGGCGUACCUGCCCUACUCAUCCGUCCUUUGUACGCAGCCCUUGGCCCUGCUGCCUCAGCAGCAGUGUUUACCCCGACGCCGGCGCACACACGCAAAGUCGUGCUAGCGACCAACAUUGCAGAGACGAGUAUUACCAUUCCAGGUGUACGUUACGUGGUGGACUCGGGUCUCGUCAAGGAAAAAGUGUUUUCUCCCCAAACAGGGAUUGAGACAUUGCAGGUUUUGCCCGUGGCCCAGUCCUCGAGCUUGCAACGGGCAGGACGUGCAGGUCGUGAAGGCCCUGGUGAGUGCUACCGACUGUAUACGCGAGAGGCAUUCCGGGCUUUGCAGCCGAUGCCUGUCCCUGAAAUUCACCGCACAGAACUGUCUGGCGCCGCGCUGCAGCUGUAUACCAUGGGCCUCGAUCCCUUCACAUUUGACUGGAUUGAUCCCCCUGAAUCGUCACUCUUGCAGGAAGCGGUCGUCCACUUGGCCGAAUUAGGUGCGAUUGCAUCCGAUACCGAUGGCGUCACGCUUACGGCGCUGGGCCGCAAAUUGGCACUCUUGCCUGUCACGCCUUCGUAUGCUCGCCUUCUGGUAGCUGCAGCCGAGCGUGGGCCACACGUGGCAAGCCAAGCAAGGGAUCUCGUAUCGAUCCUGUCCGUGGACCGCAGUAUUUUUGUCGAGUUGCAUGAUGCUGAAAAGCGAGAUCUUGCUGAACAAGCACGGGAGGUCUUUGUCGAUGCCAGUGGUGACCAUGCCACGAUGUUGAAUGCACUUCGGGCUUACCUCACGCAGCAAGCACAUGCCUUCAGCUCACAUACGCAGCCCAGUGCUGCUCGCCAAGAAGUGCGCAUGUGGUGCCAAUCGCAUUACAUCCAUGAGCGCACAGUGAAGAAUGUGCUGGCCAUUCGUAAGCAGCUUACCCGCAUAUGCCAUCAGCAUGGCAUUGCAUGUGAAGACGAUGAGGCAAAGCCUACGUCCCAUGGUGUGGACCAGGACAACGAUGACGACGAGGAAGAGGAUGCCUUGGUGGUGACGCGCUCUUCAUGGCGCAUGGGCGCCACCGAAAAGGGUCAGUAUACGGAUCUACUUCAAUGCCUCGGUAUGGGUCGUCUGAGCAAUACAGCCUUACGCCAGCCAGAUGGCAGUUUCCGUCGCGUAGCUGGUGGGCAGACAUUCAAACUACACCCUAGUUGUAUUUUGCAUCCGUCGAAGCAUGGUGCUCGUGGUGCCUCCUAUGAUUCCGUCCAAGCGAUUGUAUUUGAAGAGCUUGUUCUCACGUCACAGACCUUCGCACGCACCGUCUCGAAAAUCGAGCCGGCGUGGCUCCAAGAAUGGCUUCAUCCGCCGUCGUAG